AUGGAUUUGAGUCAAGAUAACCUGUAUCAGGUGUUAUGCCAUGCACCCGCAUACCUUCUGUGUAAGUUUAAGAGUGUAUCUUCAGAAGUAGAUUUUGCGAGGGAGCCUAAUUUUUGCCGUCAACAAGCCCGCAACAUGCUUCAACAGGGCGAGAUGCACAUUUUCGGUUUCCUUGACAUCGCAGCACCUUUGGGGCUGGACCUGUAUCAUUUAUUCGAUAAUGGUCCUUCACCAGGAUUACCAAUUCAAUUCUUGGAAUUAUUUAACAGACAUUGGAGAAUCCUCAAUUCCUGGAAAGGGUUGGUAGUGGUUGAAUUUGAGAGAGUAGAAGUAACGCCACCAACGCCGUGCUUAUGCAACCCCGUGACCGGUUCAUGGGCUCUCCUAAAAUCUCCCAUGGAAGAGUACGACAAUCCUCAUGAACUUCAAAUGCAUAUCCUCAUCUUUCCAACUGACACACAUGGAAAUGAUUACAAGUUGAUAUGCAUUAACGGAGUUGAUAGUCGGUGGGGUCCCCCAUAUGUGAUGAAGGAAUAUAUCCCUGUUGAAAAUAACUGGGAAGUAUUGGAAAAUAACAUUGAGUUCGAGGCUAGGCUGCUGGAUCUUGACCACGUGGCAGUCGUUAAUGAUAGUUUGUACAUGAUGUCUGAUAAUUUCGAUUACGGCGAGGAACAGGUUUGGCCGCAGUCUCCAUUGCCGUACAUAGUGCAAUAUUCCCCCGUCGAAAAAAAUGGUAAGAUUCUACCUCUCCCUGUUGAGGCUGUUCAUAAUCCUUUUCAUGGUGCAUACCGGGUCUUCAAAUGGGGUAGCCGAUGGACGUCAAAAGAGUCUCUAUGUCUAGUUCGAUAUAUCGAGUUGACAUUUACUCUAUGGAUCUCUGAAGAUGGUUCGCCCGGCUCGUGGGACCUUAUUCAUCGCAUUAACGUCGACGAUAUGGGGAUACACAACGCUCUGGAAGAUGAAGAUGAAGAUGAAGAUGAUGACAAUCUUUUUACAAAAAAACCAGAUAACGAUCCAAUCAGAGGUUUUGGUAUUGUUAAUGGUGACUGUUUGAUAUUCGCGACGAGGGCCCUAGUCUAUGGUUACUAUAUCAACGGAGCUUACUCUUGGAAAUUUAAAGUUUUUGGCGAAAACACAAUGGGGUCGUAUGCCAGGUUCAUCUCUUAUUCCAGUACCUUUCGCCCUGUUGACUUGCCUCAAACAACCUUGUUCAGUGAUGUUCGUGCAACAUUAAAUGGUUAA